AUGCCUAGACAUAAAGCUAGAAUCCCUCCUCUCACCACUUCGCCUCUUAAGAAGCCCCGACCAUCUAAUGCCCCAAAACCUAAAUAUGCCGAAUAUCUUGAUCCACCGCCCGUGCUGUACCCUGAAUCCUCGUCGUCAAAGAGAAAACGGAGUAAACACGCUUCAGCCACUGGACAGUCUGUCCUUGAGCUGUCCCGGAGGGUUGAAAUAGCGACUCCUAGCGGGACGGUGCUCACGCAACGCUGGGGGCCGGGGAUCGAAUCUAGUUAUGGUUGGCAGGUGCCUAAUCGCUAUGAUCAUGUGGGAAACGCGCUGGUAGAAAUGGGUGGUGCCCCUUCACCCACUCCAACCUUCAGUCCAAAAGAAGAGUCCUCAAUGCGGGAGGCAUCCCCUCAGGGUUGGGGGGGAAAUAUCGCGGAUGCCGCUCCUAACCCGGAUACCCCGUCACCUACCAUACCAUCGCCCUCCCGAAAACGAGCCAAGAGGGCAGUGCGAAAUCCACAAAAGAAUGCCGCGUGGCUCCAUUGGCGCCAGGAUGUAAUAUAUAAGGCAGUGGAAAUAUAUUUAGAUCUGGAGGCAAAGAAGGCAGAACGCGUGCCCCUUGCUGCCCCCGACGAAACGUCGUUCGAACAGAACGGACAACUGCAUACACUUGCGAUGGCCCUGUGCUCUCGUUGCAACACGCCUCUCCGGUUUCAUUCUGUAAUGACGAUUGCGUUCACGAAUGCUGUGCGGCGUACAUUCGAAUAUUGCAAAUGUCCAUCCAAUACCCUCCCGCUUGGGAUCAUUCAGUGUGGCUACUUCCCUGGGUCACCGGUAAUGCCUCAAAUCGCCUUCCAUUUCGACAUUCUUUCGCUAUUCUCAGCUUUAAAUGUGAACUCCUCUACACCAAUUACCUCCUUUCAUACCGCCCUGUUUACGAUAUUGCAGGAGAAUGGCUAUGAAUUCUCCGCCAAGGAUCCCUUUCUAGGUUCGCUCAGUGAAGCAAUAACGUGGUUUAAAGCCCUACGCGACUUGACAGAGGUUGAAACGGAGAGAGAGUUCCUUCUGCCCACGGACCCUGUGGAGUCCGAUGCACCGCUAUCUAUUUCCACACCCCACGAGCUUACCCGUCACCUACCUGCGCAUAACGGGGACCCCAUGAUCACCACAUCCGAGAGCAUGAUAUCCGGUGAUGAUGACAUACCGCCCUCCACAGAAACGACAACUGACUCUGUGUCAUUGACCCUUGCUCGAUCAAGGCUGUUUCGAAACCCCUCGCACAACAGGGCUAGCCCAUACCUCCGUGCGAGAUGCCCGCAAUGUUUCGGAGGCUCAACAUGGGGUGGUCCCGUCAACGAGAAUCCUGAUGUCAUUGUCGCUAUGGAUGGUAAUAUGCAACACAAGCAAUAUAUGUUUGUUGGCGGAGAGAUGAUUCUUCCCUGGAACGAAACCUGCAGUUUCCUGACCCGUGCUGAAGUUGGUGAAGCUGCCCGCCAUGUCUUUGAGGCACGAGAUGCAUCUCAAAGCUCUUCGGGAUCUCGUCCUUCAUCUCUUGUGCUGGAUGGUGCUAUUGAGGAGUGCGAGGAAUCGCACCGAGCCACGAAGCAUGGAAGACGGUCAGCGUCGAAAACCGAUACCUUCUGUUCGAAGGGUCUGAUGGCUACCGUCUGCCGCCAUGAUAUCCCCCUCUUUCUUUGUGACGUGGACACCCCGGGCGAGCAGCAGCACUUUUCCGUUGCCAUGCUCAUCGCACUCAGCUGCCAGCUGCCCUCAAACGCCACCAUCGGAUUAAUGUAUGAUGUUGGGUGCAUUCUCGAUCGAUCAAUCGCUAAGGUAUAA